GAUACGCUCUCACGGAUCACCGUCCUACCACGGGGGGCGGGGUCUCCGAAGGCUCCGGCUCUGCCUCUCGGGUAGGGGGCGGGGCUAGUGAGUUUCGCGCGCGCCGCAAAACCGGUUGAUUUCGAGGGAUCGUUUUGCGGCCGUUCGGAGCCGAGGCAGGGAGCAUGGCUGAGGCGGGGCCGGCGCAGCCCGUUUCCCCCGUCGCGCCCCUCGGGGUCUCCCCCGGCGCCGGGCCCAGGAGAAGCCGGAGCGGCGGCGGCAGCAGCGGGGCGCGGCCGCUGGAGCAGCUCAGUGACCCGCGGGAGCUGCUGGAGGAGGUGGAGAUGCAGAUCGAUGACGCCGCAUUCUCGCUAACAAAGAUCCUGGAGGCAACGUCUGCUGUGUCAGCCCAGGUAGAGGAGCUUGCGACCAAAUGUUCAGAAAAUGCCCGAUUCCUUAAAACGUGGCGGGAUCUUCUGAAGGAAGGGUAUGAAUCUCUGAAACCCAGUGACUGACUCUGUGCAAACACACACAGGAGGAAAGCUCAAGAGGGUACCUGCAUGAGCUGAAGCUGAAUCAUCCCACAGCAUUUUCACUUUGUUACCCUUGUCUUGCAAUGCCAGGACUUGGCUCUCGGCCAUGCUGGGUUAAGGAAUGUCUGUAUAAAUGAAGACUUAAACAACUUUUUUGUGCUUUUUAAUGUCUUACUGGGGCUUUCAUCAACUGCCCCCCUUCAAGGAAAUGUUUUGUUCUGUGCACAAGCUGUUUCUGUGGAGAAAAUGUUGAUACUGGUGCAUGCAUGAACAUCAUUCAGAAUCUGUUGAUAAUAGUAGACUGUUUUAGUUUGGCUUGGGAAGAGGGACCAAGUCUGGAUUUUUAAACUGUUGGUUUCCUUGCAGUUCUAUUGAUUAGCAAGUACAUAUGAAAUGUACUAAAUAAAAUUUUCAUUAGAGUAAUGUUACACUUGUAUUCAGAUACCACACAGAGAGAGAUAUCUGAUACCUCUCUAAUUGACCACCGUGGUUCUGUAAAUCAAGAAUUCCCCAAGUGUAAUCACUUGCAGACAGCUAUAGUUUUGUUAACCCCCAUAGCCUUCAGGAAUGUAUAUAAGCUUGUCAUUUCCAAAAUAAGUCUCUUUAAAAUCUUGUUAAUCAAACAAGACUACAUGUGAAACUUUCUGCCUUCAGUUAUACCUAUACAAACUCCAUUCUUACUCUGCCAUUUAACAGGUAUUAAUAUAGAUAUAACUGAGUCUAGAACUUGGUCUCUCGUUUUUAAGACUGUAGCCCAGCUCCCUCCCUACACUGACAAUCGUCUUAGCCAGUUUUUCAAUACUUUUCUCCAUAGUUGCAUUUUUACAGAUUAUUUGAUCACUGCAAACCCUUCUACAUCUGAUAUUUUUAUUUAUUUUGGUUACUAAACUAUAUCUAAAGUGCCUUAUUGUAUGCUUAGAUCAUAUUUUUCUUCCGAUAGAAACUCAGCUGUAUUGUGUAUUAAAAGGUUGGGUUGCUAUUUGAAGUAUA